AUGUCUUACCCUCCUUACCAACGAUCGGCUAGAAAGAAACAAAUCGAUCGGCUCAAUGAUAACCCUUUUAGGCCGUCAUCCUCCUCAAGUGCUAGCGUUCCUUCAAUAUUUAAGUCAGAGAAAACUCAAAUCUCUCAACCGGGGCUUGGGGAUAGGCCUUCUAAAAGAUCUAGGUUAGAUGUGGAGAGUCCGUUUCGUAUGUCUAGUCCUUCAAUAACGCCUUCAAGGGAUACUUUUAAUUUUAUGCCAGACUUGAGUUCUUUACAGAAAUCCACUUUAAACUUUACAAGUUUUGGCCAAAAACAUGAUCAAGACUUGGUUGAGGCUCGUGCAAAGAUUCAAUCUCUCGAAAUAUCAAAAGAGAAUUUAGAGUUGAAAGUUGGUAGACUUGAGGCUGAAAACAAAAAUUUAGAUCUCAGGAGCAGAGAACUUAUUCUUCAAAAUGAGGGGUUAAUAAAAGAAAAUAACUUUUAUAACAAUCGAGAAAAAGAGGCAUUACAUCGUUUGGGAGAUUUGGAACACGAAAAUACUAUAUUGAAACAAGACGCAGUUCGUGCAUCUCAAUCACUUGAAGAUGAAAUUCGUGAAUUACAACAGAAUUUGACGGAACUUAAAUCCGAAAGUCAGAUUAAAGAAAAUGACUUGACACGUAAACUUUUGAAUUCUGAAUCAGAAGCAUCGAAACUUUUACAUCAGAUCGAUAAUUUAAAUGAACAGAUUCGUCAACAACAUGAUAUAUCAGCUUCAAGGAAAAGACAAUUGGAUGAAACUCAGCAACGGUUGGAAGUAACACAAGAAAAACUAAACGAGCUUAGCAUGUUAUCUGGUCAAUUGGAUCAAAUUGAAACUCUUAAUAAGAAAGUUCAAGAUCAGUCAGAACUUAUUCAAGAACUUGAAUCAAAAAAUCGAGAUCUAACAAGGGAAAUUAGGCUCAAUAAACAAUUGUCUCCUAGCAUUCAAAUUUUACAACAUAAACUAGAAAAAGCAGAAGUUCAACUUUCACAAAUGAGUAAACUUCGCCGGGAAGCUGCUGAAUUAGAAGUAGAAAACGCAAUGCUAAAAAGGGAACAUGUAUCUUGGGUGUCUCUCCUUGACCGAGAAGGUGAUAGCAUUAAUAGCGAUACCCCAUAUAAUGUUGUAAAUGAGCUCAUUUCUAGGCGAAAUGAAAUAGAACUUUUAAAGGUAAAAAUCCGUUCCUUGGAAGAAAAAGUUAAGAAUAAAGACCUUGUAAUUAUCGAAUACGAGUCUAAAAUUAAGAAAUUAAACUAUAAAUGCCAAGCCAUUGAAAAUAAAUUUUUGAAUGAGAUAGAAGCAUCCAAAGGAAGUAAGGAGCUUCUUCAAGUUGAAGUUGAAAUGUUGAGGAGUUCUUUGAAAUCUUAUGACGAGGAAGAAAAACAUUUGCAAUCGAACUUCGAUGCUCAAAAAAUGGAGAGAAUUCAGAAUUUGGAAAAUUUGCUUUCAGAAUAUAAAACAAGUCUUGAACAAUCUGAAAUGAAGUUAAUUGUUGCUCAACAGCAAAAACAGGAAGAAAUUCAAUAUCCGAAAACUUUGGAGUUAGACCUUCAUUCAUUUGAGGUGAUGCGAAUUAAUGAAGUAUUAACUCAUGAAAUUUUUGAAUUAGAGUAUGAAAAAGCAAAUAAGCUCAAAGAAAUGGCGUCUUUGCAAAAUCAAAUGAAUAUUUAUGAAGAAUUUGAUUUAAAAGUUCGUUCAUCUGAGUUAAUUAAGCAGAAUGAGGUUCUACAAGAAACCGCAAAAGAGCUCGAUGAUGAUAAUAAAUCUUUGAGAGUAGGAAUCGUUACAUUAGAUAAUCAAUUUGAUAUUCUUGACAGGGAAUUGAAUGCAGAUAUAAAAAGGCUCAGUCAAGAAAACGCAUUUUUGAGAAAGGAAUUCUUUUCAUUAAAUAAUAAAAUUGAUGCUCUUGAGAAGGAAUUGGGUAGAGAUAAUCCCGCUUCAAAGGAAUUUUCUUUACGUGAAAAUAAAUUUCAGGGAUUAAUCACAGAAAAUCAAGAAUUGAAAGAUAAACUUAUAGAAUUACUUAAGAUACUUGAAAAUCAACCCAACAUUACAUUAGAGUCAACUGGAGAUAAUGACCCAAAGAACGAAUUAAGAAUUAUUCCAAUUCAAAGUUAUUUGAAUUUAGAAGAAGAAAAUAAGCAACUUAAAAGUCAAGUCGCAGAUAAGGAAAAGAGAAUGACAAGGCUUAAAGAAGUUUGGACAGAUAAAGCACAAGAAUAUAAGGAAGCUGUUUAUAAACUUCUUGGUUAUAAGCUAGAAUUUCUUGAAAACAGUCGCGUUCGUUUAACUUCUAAAUAUUCAAAAGAAUACGAUCAUUCAUUCGUUUUUUCCUCUGAAAAUGAACAUGGUACCAUGCAACUUAUUAAUGGUGGAAAUACUGAAUACAUAAAGAGUCAAGAUAACUUGAUCAAAUAUUGGGUCGUGGAACGUGGUUCUAUUCCUUGCUUUUUAAGCAGUUUAACUUUAAGCCUAUUUGAACAAUAUAAGUCAGAACCGAUUAAUGGAGAGGUGGAAACGUGA